AAUUGUUCCCCCUCCCUGUUUAGGGCUGUGUCACCGAGGGAGAGCAGAAGCCGCUGAGUUGGGGAGUUAGAGACUAGCAAGGCGUCGCUGGUGCUGCUGCUGUCCCUAAUCUUCCCGCCCCCCGUGGAAAGGAGCCAUGGCUGCCACCGGGGUGCUCCCCUUCAUCCGGGGGGUCGAUCUCAGCGGGAACGACUUCAAGGGCGGUUAUUUUCCAGAGCACGUCAAGUCGAUGACCAGCUUGCGAUGGCUGAAGCUGAACCGCACCGGCCUCUGCUACCUGCCCGAAGAACUGUCUUCCCUCCAAAAGCUGGAACAUCUCUCCGUGAGCCACAACAGCCUCACCACUCUCCAUGGAGAACUCUCCGGCCUGCCUUGCCUCCGGGCCAUUGUUGCUCGUGCCAACUGCCUGAAGAACUCUGGGGUUCCUGAUGACAUCUUCCAACUCGACGACCUCUCUGUGUUGGACCUGAGCUACAACCAGCUGACGGAGUGUCCCCGGGAGCUUGAGAAUGCCAAAAACAUGCUCGUGCUGAACCUGAAACAUAACAGCAUCGACAACAUCCCCAACCAGCUGUUCAUCAACCUGACAGACCUGCUCUACCUGGAUUUGAGUGACAACAAGCUGGAGAGCCUUCCCCCCCAGAUGAGGCGCCUGGUGCACCUGCAGACCUUGAUUCUGAAUAACAACCCUCUCCUGCAUGCGCAGCUCAGGCAACUCCCGGCAAUGGUGGCCUUGCAGACGCUCCACCUCAGGAACACACAACGAACCCAGAGCAACCUUCCCACGAGCUUGGAAGGCUUGUCAAAUCUUGCAGAUGUGGACCUCUCCUGUAAUGACCUGACCCGCGUCCCUGAGUGUCUCUACACCCUGUCCAACAUACGGCGCCUCAAUCUCAGCAGCAACCAAAUUGGAGAGCUCUCCCUCUGCAUUGACCAGUGGUGCCAGCUGGAGACCCUCAAUCUGUCCAGGAACCAGCUUACCUCCUUGCCGUCGGCCAUCUGUAAGCUGACCAAGCUCAAGAAACUCUACCUGAACUCCAACAAGCUGGAUUUUGACGGCAUUCCUUCGGGGAUUGGGAAGCUGGUCUCCCUGGAGGAAUUCAUGGCUGCAAACAACAACUUGGAACUGAUUCCAGAAAGCCUCUGCAGGUGUGUCAAGCUCAGGAAGUUGGUUUUGAACAAGAACCGCUUGGUCACUUUACCCGAGGCUGUGCACUUUCUGACAGACAUUGAGAUCCUUGAUGUUCGUGAGAACCCCAACCUGGUGAUGCCCCCCAAGCCUGUGGACAGGACCUCCGAGUGGUACAACAUUGACUUCUCCCUGCAGAACCAGCUGCGACUGGCGGGGGCCUCCCCUGCCACCGUAGCAGCUGCUGGGGCAGGGAGCAGCCCAAAGGACCCCAUGGCGCGAAAGAUGCGCCUGCGGAGACACAAAGACUCAUCACAGGAUGAUCAGGCAAAGCAGGUGCUGAAGGGGAUGUCGGACGUGGCGCAAGAGAAGAACAAGAAGAUGGAGGAGAACGGAGACCCAAAGUACACGGACCUGAAAACCCGCCGCUGGGAUCAGAGUUUGGAGAAGCCUCAGCUCAACUACUCUGAGUUCUUUACGGAGGACGUGGGGCAGCUCCCUGGCGUCACCGUCUGGCAGAUCGAGAACUUUGUGCCCACAAUGGUGGACGAGACCUUUCACGGGAAGUUCUACGAGGCCGACUGCUACAUUGUCCUGAAGACUUUCCUAGACGAUAACGGCUCAUUGAACUGGGAGAUCUACUACUGGAUUGGCCAGGAAGCCACGCUCGACAAGAAAGCCUGCUCUGCCAUCCAUGCAGUCAACCUGCGCAACUAUCUGGGCGCUGAAUGCCGCAGCAUCCGGGAGGAGAUGGGAGACGAGAGUGAUGAGUUCAGCCAGGUCUUCGAUCACGAGAUCUCCUACAUUGAAGGUGGGACGGCCAGUGGCUUCUAUACAGUGGAAGACACACACUACGUCACCAGGCUUUACCGCGUUUAUGGAAAGAAGAACAUAAAGUUGGAACCGGUACCUUUGAAGGCAGCAUCACUGGAUCCUCGGUUCGUCUUCCUGUUGGACCAUGGCCUCGAGAUCUACAUCUGGAGGGGGAGCCAGGCCACUCUGAGUGGCACCACCAAAGCCAGGCUUUUCGCAGAGAAGAUCAAUAAGAACGAGAGGAAGGGGAAGGCAGAGAUCCUGACCGUCAGUCAGACACAGGAGGCGCCCGAGUUUUGGGAGGUCCUGGGAGGGCAGCCAGAUGAGAUCAAGCCCAACGUCCCAGAUGACUUCAAGCCUCCCAGACCUAAACUCUACAAGGUCGGUUUAGGUUUGGGUUACCUGGAGCUGCCCCAGAUCAACUACAAGCUUUCUGUGGAACACAAGAAGAGGCCCAAAGUGGAUCUGCUGCCAGAAAUGAGACUGCUUCAAAGUCUGUUGGACACCAAGUCGGUCUACAUCCUGGACUGCUGGUCUGACGUUUUCAUCUGGAUCGGCCGCAAGUCUCCUCGCCUGGUGCGCGCCGCUGCCCUCAAGUUGGGCCAGGAGCUCUGCAGCAUGCUGCAUCGCCCCAAACACGCCAUGGUGACCCGCAACCUGGAGGGCACUGAGUGCCAGGUCUUCAAGUCCAAAUUCAAGAACUGGGAUGACGUGCUGAAGGUGGAUUACACCCGCAACGCGGAGUCGGUCAAGCAGGCGGACGGCCUUUCAGGAAAAGUUCAGAAAGACUCUGAAAAGAAGGACCAGAUGAAGGCUGACCUGACAGCCCUCUUCCUGCCGCGCCAGCCCCCCAUGCCGCUAAGCGAGGCGGGGCAGCUCAUGGAGGAAUGGAACGAAGACCUGGAUGGCAUGGAGGGCUUUGUCCUGGAAGGCAAGAAGUUCGCCCGCCUUCCUGAGGAGGAAUUUGGGCAUUUCCACACCCAGGAUUGCUACGUCUUCCUGUGCCGGUACUGGGUCCCCGUGGAGAGCGAGGAGCAAGAGGAGGAGGAGAAGAAGAAGAAGAAAAAGAGACCCGAAGGGGCUGCCGAGGGAGAGGAGGAGGAAGAGGAGGAGGAGGAGGAAGAGGAGGAGGAGAAGCAGCCCGAGGAAGAUUUCCAGUGCGUUGUUUAUUUUUGGCAAGGCAGGGAGGCCUCCAACAUGGGCUGGCUCACAUUCACUUUCAGCCUCCAGAAGAAAUUUGAGAACCUUUUCCCUGGGAAGCUGGAGGUUGUGCGGAUGACGCAGCAGCAGGAGAACCCCAAGUUCCUCUCCCACUUCAAGCGGAAAUUCAUCAUCCACAAGGGCAAGAGGAAAGCGAGGGAUGAUGGGCUACAGCCCAGCCUCUACCACAUCCGUACGAACGGCAGCGCCCUCUGCACCCGAUGUAUCCAGAUCAACACAGACUCCAGCCUUCUCAACUCCGAGUUUUGUUUUAUCCUGAAGGUUCCCUUUGAAAGCACAGACAACCAAGGCAUUGUGUACACCUGGGUGGGCCGGGCUGCCGACCCCGACGAAGCCAAGCUGGCUGAGGACAUGAUGAACUGCAUGUUUGAUGACUCCUACAGCAAGCAGGUGAUCAAUGAGGGAGAGGAGCCUGAGAACUUCUUCUGGGUUGGAAUUGGUGCACAGAAGCCUUAUGACGGAGAUGCCGACUACAUGAAGUAUUCUCGCCUGUUCAGGUGCUCCAAUGAAAAGGGCUAUUUUGCUGUGUCUGAAAAAUGCUCAGAUUUCUGCCAAGACGAUUUGGCGGACGACGACAUCAUGCUCCUAGACAAUGGGCGUGAGGUAUACAUGUGGGUAGGAACACAGACCAGCCAGGUGGAGAUAAAGUUGAGUCUCAAAGCCUGCCAGGUAUACAUCCAGCACAUGCGCUCGAAGGACACAGCUCACCCGCGGAAACUGCGCCUGGUUCGGAAAGGCAACGAACCGCCUGCCUUCACCCGCUGCUUCCAUGCCUGGAGCGUUUUCCGGAAGCCUCCGGCCUAAGCCGCUCGCUGAUGGCAGUGGCCUCUCCAUGGGACUCUAUGGCACCUGCUGGACCUCAGUGCUCAAGUAGGGGCGGUACAGCUGUAUCCUGGUGUUUUUUUUUAAGACCAGCUGAUUGGACAAAAUGUUACUAGAGGAGGAGCUAGAAUUUGCCCCUCCCCUUUUAAAGAAACAGCACCAACCUAUUAAGCUCCCCCCCCCCCCCCCCACUUUUCACCUCAAUUUUUCUCUCUCCUCACUACCUUGGGGCAGUGAAAUAGGUGCUGCCUGGACCCACUCUUGCGAAAACAUUGCCGCUGGGACUCUUCCCACAUCUACAGCAUCACUAUGUUGUUUUUCCCACUUGCACAGAGAUCUUUUUUAUAUAGUAUAUUUAACAGAACGCACGUGAGCUGCGACUUCUUAUUCUGCUCUUUGAGAGCACUGCAGCCUGGACCCAGUUUGAAGUCUGUAACAGCAACCUCUCUCCUGCAAAUGGAUGGCCUGUCUCUUUUAGAAGCAAGUUGUGUGAGGCUGGGCAGAGGAGCGAGACGACUGGCGCCUUCAACUUGGGCAAAAGAGUUUGCAGUGCACUUAAAAGACUUCAGGAAAAACCGUGACGGAGAAGUCCAUUUUAAAAAUCAGAUAAAAUAAAAUCAAGUUUAUUGCUUUUAAAAGUUGUUAUCUGCUGCUAGGCCUCAUGGGUGCAAAAAAUGUCUCCUUUGAAAUGUAUGGUGACUUGUGCAUUUUGAGGAAAAGGCAGGCAUACCUUUUAUCUAUAAAAACCUACCAUGCAAUCGCUGCAGUUGUCCUUUUAAAGGUUAGUAUCUUGCAAAAUUCCUGUAUGGAAGGAGGAAAUUGUGGAUAAUUUUACAUUCAUGCUUUGGUGACUGGCCUGGUCUCUCCUAAUAUUGCUUACUGACAACUGCCUUCCAGCAUAGUAACAUUUUUAAGUGUUGCCCCCUUUACACUGAAUUUUCUGUGUCAGAAAGGGAGAACCGUUUCAGCUGUAAAAGCUUCAUCCCACCCCCAAAAGGAUUUGGCCUGUUCUAGGUCAUGUCCAUGCUAAUCUCCAUAUUAUAAGGUGGGUCCUUAAUCUGCUUGGCUCUUCAGUGGGUGCUGCAAACAGCCUCUAACCUAAGCAGGACAUGAGACGACUUCCACCAUUUCAAAGCCACCCUUGUCUGCCCCCUUCAGAAGGCAGGGAGUUCCCACUGCCGCCUUCCUCCCUGUACUGGGACUGGCAGCGGCGGUUUCACCCCGGUCCUUCGUGGGGCUGACACUGCUUGUUCCUCCUUCCGCUUUUCAACAUCACGACAUGUCCGUAUAAUCACGAAGUUUGGCUGCUGAUACAUCACAAUGUUGGAAAGCAGAUAUUGCCCAGGCUUACCUGGGACCGAUGGGAGUUCAAAAGUUAUCAGGAGGCCAUCAGGCAAAGAGAAACCCAGAGGUACACUCUGGCCACGUUUGUGACCUCGGAUGGCAGCAACUAUCCUCUGAAAUGGGGCUGGGGAACUGGAUCCCACCUAUCAGUGGCCUGACAUCAUGAUUCAGGGUGCGUUUGAACAUGGCUGUCUGCACAUUCCACUCGUUUAGCUGUUAUGUGAUGUUUUCCCAUUGCUAUUGCAUCACUCCCAUCUGGAAGGGCACCCUAGCACAACAAAACAUGAGACCAAAAAAAUAAAACAGAAUGUUUUUGGCAUAAGCAGCUGCAGGAUUUUCUGCAGGGACCGACAGGUUAUGAACGGACUGGAAACCAAGCUGUAUAUUGUGAAUGCUUUGCAGACACAAAUCAGUAUUGAUCACAUUUAGCUUCCUCCAAUACCACCACGGGCACAAAGUCAUCAUGAACCCACAAUUAACAGGGAACCUGGAACAACAAGCCACACAUAAGCUUAAGAUACUAUUAAAUGCUUUAUUUUUUUCCAUUAUUAAAAACCUGUAUUAAUAACUAAACAAUGCUAAAUCUGUCAUCUGAGCAAAACAAAGAAGGUCCCAACAGAGAGGGUACAUUCUACCAAGGAAACUAACCCCCCUCCAAACUCCCUUCCACAAUUAAGUCUGCCAAAAUAAAAAAAAAUUAAGACACACAAUGGCACGUUUCCACUAUAGAACUCCGCUCUGUCAUCCGCUCACAAACAUGCGCACCCUUGCAAAAUCACACACUCUCACAUGCACGUCUGGGUUUUGGGGGGAGGGGGCGAGGAAUCAAACCGUACCAAAAAACAAAACAAAAAAGUCUGACAAAGAGUUUCGUGUAACGUCAUUAUCAGGAGGCAACGUCUGGGCAUUAAGCAGCGAGGAAAUGAUCCCACGCAUGGAACAGACAGCCACAAUCUAAGGCAGAGCCCGCACUAUUUUAAGACUUAAUACCAGCUUUCGCCAACUUGGUACCUUCCAGAUAUUCUGGACUACCAACUCCCAGCAGCCCCAGUUGGAGAAAGCUGCUCCAUCUUCCAGGCCUGAGCCAGCGUCUGUACCUGUCCAAGACCCAAUUUUACAAAUAUAUAUAAUGGCUGGCUCCCCUUCUCUCCCACUUGCCAAACUUUUCUUGGCACUAAAAUGUCAGCGGUGGGAACAAAAAACGAGGAAACAACUCAUACUGUAAGACCUCAGCGAAAGAAGAAAGAAACAAAACAAGCCAAGACCUGAACUCAGCGCUUCGUCGCUGCAAAGGUUACCUUGGCCACAAGACAGGCUGCAAAGGCCAGAGCUUCUGCCAGCAGGAGGUAAUGCCAAAGAAACACAGGUAAGAGAUGACUGCUUAUUAAAGCAGAGGUAGAGGAGGAAACUCUGGGCCUUCCAAGUGUUUGCUGGGCUGCAACGCCCAUCAUUCUCGAGCAAGGGCCAUGCUGAAUGAUGGGAAUUGGAGUGCAACAUCAUCUCAAGGGAUGCUGGUUCCCCACCCCUGUAUUAAAGGCUGCCUGACACACUGCCCACCUGUGAGAAGCACAUGGCUUUCCACAGGCAAAGGAAGAUGGGUAAGUCCAGGCGUAGCCCCUUGCAAGAUGCAGCUGGAUGAUUUAGGUGCCUCACCCAAACACAGAGAGCACGACCUGCCGCAGUCAUUGCACACCAUCUCCAAAUCCAUUCUCCAAAAAACCUCAAGCGGAUUACAAAAAUCCAGGAGCUGGGAAGAGAGUCCCACCUUUUGACACAAAUAAGGUCCUACAGAUUUCUAACAUCCCACUGCUUGGCUGGAAAAGAAAGGCUGCCUUUUAAUAGCAAAACAGGAUUCGGCAGCUGUUUUCAGAGGGUGGCCUGGAGCUGGUGACUUGGAGCCCUUUCGAGUUCAGGAUUCAUAAAUAAAUGAAAAUGUGACAAGAGGGACAGAAUCAGAUGGGGGAAGCAAGGCGUCGCAGCCUCUCUGCCCGACAGAUGCACCGAAGAUGCUUGGGCUCUCCGGAUGUCGAUGGACCACAACUCCCAUCAUCCCUGACCAUGCUGGCUGGACAUCUGGAAGGCACAGAUUCCCCUCUCUCUGUUAAGGGGGGAGAUCUUAAGAGGCGGCAAAAGGAGGAGACAAGGAGUAAAUAAUAACACACUAGGCAAAAAAAAA